AUGUUGGUGGAAGAGCAGGAGCCAAAGGACGGGAAGUUGGGCAGUGCCAGGAAUGCCAUCUCCCUAAAAAUCGCCUCCGUUUUGCCGGGACUCCGCUACGCCCUCCGGAAAGCAGCCAGCUCCUCCUGGAACGCCUCGGGCAUCCAGGAGCACCUCCAGGAAUUUGCAGAACUCCAGGAAAACUCCCAGCCCAUCCCUGGGCAGGGCAGCGACGUUCCCGUUGCUCCUGUCCCCUCUUCCUGCCGGGAUGGAGGCGCUGACCCUUCCCAAAAUCUCUCGGAGCCAUCCCUGGCCCAGCUGCGCCGUUACCUCUGCGACCCCGGCAGCUUCGCCCUGGGCAUCCAGGCAGCCUUGCAGUGUCUCACGGGGGCUGCCAGGAAUUUGGGAGCUGAUCCUGGGAAUUCCUCCUCCUCCUCCUCCUCCUCCUCCUCCUCGGUGCCUCCACAUCCCGCUCCUCCCACCAGAACGCUGCGGGAUAAGAGGGAGCACCCCAGGCCCGCUCCGGAGAGAUUCCCAAAAAGCAUCACCUCUCCCACCAAGCCCUGGGGCCGGGAGCUCCGGAGGAAAUCCAGCAGGAUCCUCGGGAAGAGAGGCCUCAAGGCACAAACACAUCCUGGGAAGAACAACAGCAGGAGCAGGGAGGCAGCCAAGAAAAAACCCAGCAUCGCUUCCUCUUGUCCCAAAAAAUCGGGAUCCACGGACAAUCCCAACGAGCCCAUGCUGAAAUUGGCCAAUUUGCAGCUGCCACAUGGAAGGAAAAGAGGUGCAGAGGUCCUGGCUGCAGAAAUCAUCCACAAACCCCAGUGUGAAGGUGCUGAGAAGGAAAUCUCAGCUCCCAACAUUCCUGGCGUGGAAGCAAAGAGGCCAAAAACCCUGGAAAACCAGAAUUCCCAGAAGGUUCCUGCCACAGAGAGUGACACAAAGCCAGGGAAGAGCAAAAUGCAGAAAAACGUGGAAAACGAAGCGUCAAAACCUCCGGAGAACCAGCAGGAAGAGAGCGAGAGGGAGGAGCAGCUCUUGGAGGUCCUGAACGAAGCCUCAUCCCAAACCUCUGGAGAAGAACCUCCAAGGAACGUUCAUCCCAUGGCAAUUCCCAACAUUUCAGAACCUCCAAGGAACCUUCAUCCCAUGCUGGACACGAGGUACACCAACGAUCCCCUGGAGAAAUGCGUCGUCCGCGCCCUGCACGGCGGUGGCUGCGGUGGCUCUGUGGGUGCCGAGGCCAAGGGGACGAGCCGGGGGUCCCCUGUCCCAUCCCGGACAGCCCAGAGGGGGCUGGGGACGCUGCCACCCCCUGGGUGUCGGGGAGGGUGGCCCGCGGCUGUCCCCAGCUCCGUGACGCGCUGCCACCCGCAGGACUGCCUGGUGCUGGAGCGCGGGGAGCAGCCGCACCCCGUGUGCACCUUCCAGGACGACUUCCAGGAGUUCGAGAUGAUCGACGACAACGACGACGAGGAGGAGGAGGAGGAGGAGGAGGAGGAGGAGGAGGAGGAGGAGGAAGGCAACGAGCCGGAGGCGCCGCCCUCCCCCUCGGCCUCGCCCAUCCCCUCGCCCGCCCUGGACGAGACGCAGAAGCAUCGCCCCACCACCCUCAACCUGACGGCCCCGGGCACCCAGGAUUCCCUGAACAACAACGGCGGCUUCGCGCCGGCCGCGCCGCGCCCCAGCUGGCAGGAGGCGCUGCUGCAGCGCUCUUCCUCCUCCUCCUCCUCCUCCUCCUCCUCCUCACACACCGGACACUCGUCCCCGCACGCCUGCAUCCUGGACGGACCCUGCCUGGAGAGCCCUGCGGGCCCCGGGGGGGCUCCCCCCUCGCUGCCGCCCACCCCCCUGGACUCGCAAGGCAACAGCCCCGAGUCCCCGGCACAUGGUAACCCAUCGCCCCCGAGAGCCAACGGCGGCUUCGCGCCGGCCGCGCCGCGCCCCAGCUGGCAGGAGGCGCUGCUGCAGCGCUCUUCCUCCUCCUCCUCCUCCUCCUCCUCCUCCUCACACACCGGACACUCGUCCCCGCACGCCUGCAUCCUGGACGGACCCUGCCUGGAGAGCCCUGCGGGCCCCGGGGGGGCUGCCCCCUCGCUGCCGCCCACCCCCCUGGACUCGCAAGGCAACAGCCCCGAGUCCCCGGCACAUGGUAACCCAUCGCCCCCGAGAGCCGCGCCCGAUUUGAACAUGAACCUCAUCUCCGCUGCGCUCCGAGCUCCGCUCUCCCCGCCGCGCCCCCGCCGGCCGCCCCCGCCUCACCCGUGUCUCUCUCCAACAGGGCCCGCGGCUCCCCCCGGCGCCCCCGAGGCCGCCCGCCCGCCCCGGGCCGCCCCCCGGGCCCCCGCGCAGCCCCGGGGCGGCGGCACCCCGGGGUCCCCGCGGCCGCGGUGCCCGGAGCGGGACGGGGCGCCCGCGGAGCCGCUCAGCUCCGACGGCGAGGGUCCCCGCUCCGGCCGGGCCGCCGGCGUGCGCGGCCACCCCUCGGGCUCCUCGGAGACCACCUCGCCCUCCUCGGACCCGGGCAUCGAGGCCGACCUCAGGAGCCGCACGGCCAAGGCCUUCCCGCCCGGCGGGCGGCGCGGGGACGAGCUGAGCUCGCCCGGCUCCGACUCGGACGCGGACGGGGAGCUCGAGGCGGCUUUCGCCGGCGGGCGCCUGGUCAGCAACAUGAUCUCGUCCAUCUCCGAGACCGAGCUGGACCUCAGCAGCGACAGCAGCAGCGGCCGCUCGUCCCACCUCACCAACUCCAUCGAGGAGGCCAGCUCGCCCGGCUCCGAGGGCGAGCUGGAGCCCGAGCUGGAGGCGCCCGGCCUGCUGGGCAUCAAGGACUCGCUGCUGCUGGACAAGGGCAAGGAGGACGACGAGGAGCCGGCCAAGAGGGGCCCGCCGGAGCGCGGCGUGCUCAGGAGGGAGAGCCUGGCCGAGCUGAAGGUGGACGCCUACUACGACAGCCUGGACCCGGCCGACGGCCCCGCGCCCGAGGGCCGGACCGACGUGUCCGGCGCCAGCCCCCUGGACCUGAAGAUCGACCCCGACCACAGCCUGGAGAGCAUCCGCCGCUCCUUCUACCUGCCCGUGGGGCCCAAGCUGAUGCCCGAGGCGGACGAAGAGGACAACAGCGAGUACGACUCCGACUCGGAGUCGGAGCCCGACCUGAGCGAGGACUCGGACUCGCCGUGGCUGCUCAGCAACCUGGUGAACAAGAUGAUCUCGGAGGGCUCGUACCCCAUCAAGUGCCCGGACGAGUGCUUCCAGAACAGCCACUCGCUGUGCGACACCAUCUCGCCCGCCUCCGACCUGGAGCCCGAGAUCCUGAGCGAGGCGCUGGACGAGGAGCCGGGCCCGCGGGACUCGCCGGCGGACGCGGCGUCGUCGCGGUGCCAGCGCGGCGCCAUCGAGCUGGUGGACAUGGAGACGCUGCGCAGCUCCCUGGCCGAGGCCGAGCACGCGGCCGCCGAGCCGCCGCCGGAGCCGCCGGCCGAGGAGCCGGGGCCAUUCCUGUUCCUCAGCAACCCCACCAACGACACCAUCGCGCCCGUGUGCCCCGGCCGCCCCGUCGCCCUCGGCCGCCUGGACGCCUCCGAGGUCCUGGCCACCCUUGGGUGCCGCCCGGCGUCGCUGCCGCGGGCGUCCCCCGGCGCCGAGCCCGCCGGCCACCGGCGCCGGGCCCUCGACGGGGAGCCGGACUCGGGCGUGCCGGAGGCCGACUCCAUCAUCGACGACGUCCGGUUAGCGCCCGACGGCGACCCCGCCGCGCUGGACGUGUCCACGGCCAAGACCAACCGCGGCUUCGGCAUGGCCUUGGAGGAGGCCGAGCCGCCCUUGCUGACCCCGCGGCGGGGCAGCCCGGCCGGCGAGGCGCCGGAGCCGCCGGCGCUGGACGAGUCGCUGGCCUACGACUCGGUCAAGUACACGCUGGUGGUGGACGAGCACACGCAGCUGGAGCUGGUCAGCCUGCGGCGCUGCACGUCCGUGCUCAGCGACGACAGCGACAUCCUGAGGGCCUGCGACGACGAGGUGGCCUUUGGGGACGGGCUGGUGGCCCCCGACACGCGCAGCUCCUCCGAGGACUCGUCCCCCGAGGCCGACCUGCAGUUCUCCAAGAAGUUCCUCAACGUCUUCGUCAACAGCACCUCGCGCUCCUCCAGCACAGAGUCCUUCGGGCUGUUCUCCUGCAUGGUGAACGGGGAGGAGCGGGAGCAGACCCACCGCGCCGUCUUCAGGUUCAUCCCGCGCCACGAGGGCGCGAGGAGGAGCCCGUGCUGGCUGGAGCGCUUCAGCGUGCAGUUCCUGGGCUCCGUGGAGGUGCCCUUCCACCAGGGCAACGGCAUCCUGUGCGCCGCCAUGCAGAAGUGCGCCCCCCGCCCGCCGCAGUUCGAGCGCUGCAGCCACUUCUUCCAGAUGAAGAACAUCUCCUUCUGCGGGUGCCACCCCCGGAACAGCUGCUAUUUCGGGUUCAUCACCAAGCACCCGGUGCUGAGCCGCUUCGCCUGCCACGUCUUCGUGUCACAGGAGUCCAUGAGACACGUGGCCGAGAGCGUCGGCCGAGCGUUUCAGGAAUAUUACCAGGAGCACCUGGAGUACGCCUGCCCCACAGAGGACAUCUACCUGGAGUAGGGUCCUGCCACCCGGCACGCGGCCACCCC